AUGUGACGCACAUCAACAGCGCCUUGUCAAUGGUAACCAGCUAGCCGAUUAGCUUGAAUUUGAAGAUCUUGUUUGAUUCAUAACAACAAACUUCUGGUUUACAUUAGGUGCAUUAACGCCACCUUGCUUUAGCACAGUUUGAAAAUAGCAUUUGUGCAGUGUUGAAUACAAACGGGACCUUUAUAUACAGCUAAUCUGACAACCAUGUGGAGUACCAGCCGUCAUGUCCUUCAGGAUCUAGUCCGGGAGUUUACGAAAGUGACACAUUCCUCGGUUCAGUGUAUUUCACAAACAUCAUGCAAGAACACAGUUGUGGUAGAGCGUUGGUGGCAGGUCCCAUUGUCCAAAGAGGGCCGCCCACCAAGGCUAUACCCUCGGCGACAUCGGGUCUACAAAGUGGUAGAAGACACAAAGCAUGCUCCUAAGGAGAAGAUGGAACUCAUCCUCACACAGACUGUGGCUAAGCUUGGUGGGCGAGGUGACACUGUGUUUGUGAAAAAGUCUGUCGGACGCAAUAACCUCCUGGCCCAAGGCCUGGCAGUCUACCCUUCACCAGAAAACAAAGAGAUGUUUGCAGAGGAGCUGAGGCUCUUACAUGAAGGGAGGCCAGAGGAGAGAAUCCAAACCCGCACAGGACAGCUGACGGUGGAGAUCAUGAAGCAUAUGGAGUUGAAAGUUGAGAAAAGAACCUCCAUUGAGUAUGACAUCACCAAAGAGAUUGUCUGCAGGCAGCUUCUCAAGAAGCGGGGCAUAUUUGUGCCACCUCAUGCACUGAGACUACCGGAAGAGCCAAUCAAAGACCUGGGAGAUUACUGGUGUGAGGUCACGGUUAAUGGGAUAGACACUGUGCGGAUCCCCAUGUCGGUGGUGCCCUUUGAAGACCCUACAGCGACUGGGCGCAAACUGUUGCAAAAGCAGGAGACCGCUGCAGUACAAGAGGCCGUAGUUUCAGAGGCGGCUACUGUUCCAGAGGUUGUUGCAGCUGCAGUUCCAGAGGUGGCUGCGGCUGCCCCAGAGGCGGCUGCGGCUGCCCCAGAGGCGGCUGCGGAAAAAAAAGUAGUUCCGCCCACAGAGAACUAGAAAAAAAGACUAAGAACCCCGCGAUUGAGGACUAAACUUUCAACGUAGCUUUGGAGUACUUAAUGUCAUAACUAGAUGCUCACGGAACGGUUUACCAGUAACAGUAAAUAAAUGAUUAAAGCAUCUUUGGAUCUGUU